GGGGACUCACAAAAAUCCGAGGAACACGUAGUGGGGGACGCACGGCUAUAUAAGGAGGGUUCCGAACCCCGAAGGGCCGCAGUCGCGCCCGAAAUUCCGUCCGUGGAAUCAACGUUCGUAGCCUUCAUGCCUCACCGGCACCAUUCACGAUCGAUUCGCUCGCAAAUUAUUAGGGUGUUUUUAUAAUUAAGAAAAAACGUUACGCGUAUAAAUAAUUAAUAUUGUGUGGUGAGAAAAGUGCGGGGGCAACGAGACUCUUUUUGAUUCUCCAAAAUGAGAACCGUGUACUCCCUGUUGGGACUGUUAUUUUGUAUGAGCGUGCCCUUGAUAGCAAGCUUAGAUCUCGGAGAGAUCAUCAAGACUGCACAGUGCCAAUCGUCGUGUCUACGAAAUUUCACCACCGACGACAAAUGCUGGAAUGUUGGGAGAGAUGAGAACACACAGUGUGAGAAGUGCUGGCAAACCUGCGAAUUCCUCGGUCCUUUUGACAACAAAUUGAGGCUUGAAUUCUGCAACAGGGGCGUUUUUUUUAAUUGCUCGAGUUGCGAAAUCGCCUGUACGUUUUAUCGAACAUAUGGGAUAGAGGAAAAUCAAUAUGAUCCGACCAAAUUACCGGCGCCCGAGGAAGACGAAAUUAUCCGCAUGAAUAAACACGACAUGGCCAUAACACUGCGCAAAAAUCUAUUAGGAAUAUGGGAAAUGGACAAACAUUAUACUGCGAAUCAGAAGAUUGAAAUGAAACCGGGCAACUGGAUUAUCAUCACCAACGAGAAUGGAGCGAUCAAACAUUAUAGUUGGGAAAAGUGGUGGCCUACAUUACAGUCUCUCAAGGAUGGUCCCUUGUUUCAAGCUAACAUUACGUGGAUGGACUGGCAGACACAACUGAAUAAACAACGCGAAGAAAUUAGCUUACCUGGGGAUAAAAUCUUCUUGGAACUUCGAAAUAAAAAAAAGAAAAGGAUCAGACCAUCUUUCGUCGUCACUUGGCAAGAAGAAACGGGAAACGGCAUUAUGGGCAACCAGGUAGCAGAUAGUGAAUCGGCGCAAAUUUCUUUGCCACCCGGCAGAUAUUCGAUCAGAGUAGCUACCAAUGACGGUCCCGGUAGCUAUUCGAUCGUUAUCGACACCGCCAAAUACAAAAUUAAAAAUGAAAUCCAUCUCUUCAUUUGUCGGGUUAUCAAGUGGGACAUUAUACUGAGUGUUCUAUUGUGGCUAUUAAUACUAUUACUGGUAUUACUUAUUAAAGCAAUUAUUUCGAAAAGACGAAAGAACAAAAACAAUAUAGAAAUGGCAUGUCCGACGGCAGCAGAGAUGAAGUCUAAUAAAUGGAAUAUGAUAUCAUGCUUCAAAUAUGAGCCGAAUCAGACAGAUAGUGAUAUCUUCGCAAGUAGUUAUAUCGAUUAUAUAAACGAACAAUCGUGGACGGAAAUGGAUAUAAACGCAAAUGCAGAUAUGCAAGAUGCGAAUGUGCAAAAUGUGAACGUAAACGUGCAAGAUGCGAAUGCGAACAUCCAAGAUGUGACCGCAAAUACGCAAAAUGCGACCACGAACGUGAUUCAGCAGACGUAGAGAAUUCUGCUAGAAAUUUUCUCGCCCAACUCGGCAAGGAUAGCUCAGGGAUUUUGCUUCCUCUUAUGAGAAAAUACUGUCUUCCGCUUCCGAUAGCAUAAAAAAUAUGGAAGAUAAAUAAACGAAUAUUUCCGUUUAUUAUGAAGACGGUCAAGUUUCAUCUCAACAUUCCUCUCUCUUCGCGUGUAUAUAUAUAUAUAUUACUU